GUUUAAUGCUACAGAUCUGCUUGAGAAAUUGAGAGGAAAGAGGCUCAUGUUUGCUGGAGAUUCACUGCAAAGACAGCAAUGGCAGUCACUGGUUUGCAUGGUGGAGUAUGUUAUUCCAUCUGAUAAGAAAUCGAUGAAGCUCGAUCGAUCUCUGUCGGUAUUCAAGGCUGAGGAUUACAAUGCCUCACUUGAGUUCUACUGGGCACCUUUCCUUGUUCAGUCCAAUUCUGAUGAAAAUAUCAUCUCAAACUCCAGAGACAGAAUAUUAAGAGUGGAUUCAAUCUCAAAGCAUGCUAAGUAUUGGAUUGGGGUUGAUAUCAUAGUAUUCAAUAGUUAUAUUUGGUGGAUGAAUGGUCACAGGAUGAAGUCUCUGUGGGGAUCAUUUGCAAAUGGAGAGGAAGGUUAUGAAGAACUGGAAGCUCUUCUUGUUUACAGAAUGGCAAUCAAGACAUGGGCAAAUUGGAUUGAUUCCAGUCUGAACAAGAGCAGUACAAGGAUUUUUUUCAGUACAGCAUCCCCCUCACACAUGAAGAGUGCAGAUUGGAAUCGCAAGAAUGGGACUUACUGCUAUGGCGAAAGGAGACCGGUCGCACGGCGAGGAUAUUGGGGAAGUGGGGCUGAUAAAAGGAUGAUGAAGGUGGUUUCGAGCAUAGUUGGGAGGAUGAAAGUACCUGUAACAUUCAUCAACAUAACACAGCUAUCUCAAUAUAGAAAGGAUGGUCAUGUAUCAGUUUAUGCUAAGCCACAGGGAAAAGCACUCACAGAUAAAUAUUUUGAUUGCAUUCACUGGUGCUUACCAGGAGUUCCUGACACAUGGAACCAAAUUCUGUAUGCAUAUUUGUAAGACAAAAGCAAAUAAUCUGUCAUGUUAUGU